AUGGCGGCAGGAGAUUAUAGAUCAGAGGUUGUUCCGCACGAAGAGCGCCCAGAUCAAGAGCCCAAGGGCCAAGACACAGUGGUCGUGGACCAUGAGCUGGAAAAUGGUCGCAGACUCUACCGGCCAACGCGAUGGCAGAGUAACUUGACCAUCCUCAGCUGCUAUAUUGCCAACUUCAGCGAUGGUUUCCAGAACUCACUCGCGAAUCCCACCAAUGUCAUUUUCAAGCAGUUACUCGGCCCUUCCGGUUACCCGUCUGAAAUGCAGACUCGGAUCAGCAAUGCUCUUCUGAUCGGUGCCAUUCUCGGUGUGGUGGCUCUCGGAUACAUCUCCGACAUGACCUCUCGUCGUGCAGGUCUCUUGUUCACCUCGGGCCUGGUCACCAUCGCCACGUUAAUGUCAGCCCUGGCGCUGCAGGUGCAUCCGUCGCAUAAUAUGCUGUGGUAUUUUGUCAUUGUGCGGGGGAUCUGUGGGUUCGGCGUUGGCGGCGAGUAUCCCCCAAGUGCGGCAGCCGGCAUAGAGGAGUCAGACGAUUUCAAACGUCGCUACCGUGGGCCGAUCUUCGUGUCCUUCACCACGCUGAUGGCUACCUCUGCCGCACCGAUCCAGAUGAUCGUUUACCUCGUGUGCCUGAAAGCCAGCAACAACAACCUCCCCGUCACUUUCCACGCCAUCUACUCCAUCGCCACCAUUCUUCCGGCGAUCAUUCUGGUGCUUCGGUUCUUCAUGACCGACUCGACCCUUUUCCACUAUUCCAACUUCAAACGCCAAAAGAAGUCCCCUCGGUUCUACUGGCUUCUUGUGCGAAAAUACUGGCCGCGCCUUUUCACCACGUCCCUCGCCUUCUUCCUCUACGACUUCAUCAACUUCCCCAACAGCAUUAUGUCGAGCAGCAUCAUCUCCUCCCUUGUCAAGGACCACAACAUCCAAACCACCGCAAUCUGGCAAGUGAUUCUCGCCGCCCUGCCCGUCCCCGGCGUCCUCGUCGGCGCGUGGCUCACCAACGCCAUCGGGCGCCGAUAUACCGGUCUUGUCGGUUUCGCCGGCUACGUCGUCCUCGGCUUCAUCAUCGGCGGCACCUUCUCCAAACUAUCCCAGCACAUGGCGGCCUUUGUGGUGCUAUACGGCCUCCUGCAGGCAUUUGGCCACCUCGGCCCCGGUGCGACCAUCGGGUUGAUCUCCACCGAGUCGUUCCCCACCGCCAUGCGCGGCAUGGGGUACAGCGUGGCCACGGCGUUCGGUCGCACAGGAGCCGCAGUGGGAACACAGUGCUUCACGCCGUUGCAGGAGGCCGCCGGUAAGAGUGCGACGUUUUAUCUUGCGGGCGGAGUGGCCGUGCUGGGCAUGAUCGUGUAUUGGUUUUUGCCGGAGAGCGGUGACUUGAAUUUGGAGGAAGAUGAUCGCGCGUUGGAGGAGUACCUGGCGCAGAAUGGGUUUAGCAUGGAGAGAAAGGCUUGA